UGAGUUCAUUUCACACCCACAACAGCCAGAAGAUGUGGGUUCUGGGUCCAUCCCCCCCACCCAUGCAGGUGAGGACGCUGACACCCAGAGAUGUCACAAUAAGCUGCCCGCCCCCACAAGGUUGCACGUCACACGAGGUAACACAUCCUUGCCUCAGUUUCCUCUUGUGCAAAUUGGAUCAAUCCCCCUUGCCCCUCAAAGUCAUUUUGUCUUAAAAUGUGUAUCUCUGAAGGUGUUUGGUGAGCUCCCUGGCACCUACGAGAUGCUCAGUAGUUUAGUAAACAUUCAGCAGCGUCUCUCUGUAUACCUCUACGUCAAGAGUCCACCCAGGGCCAAGUCCUGUUUUUGCAAAUUAAGUUUCAUUUGUUUAUAAUUAAGUUUUAUUUACUUAGUAAGAGCCAUUUGUGUGUGUUCUCCGUGGCUGCUCGGUGAAGACAAGCCUGGGUGGUUAUAGCAGGCUGUCGGCCCACAAAGUCUAAAAUCCUUACUAUUCUAAUAGUGAGAGCUUAGAUAUUUAUCUUAGAUAUUUACUGCCGAGGUAACAUGGGCUAUAUUUACAAGCUGAUCAAGAUUUAUGGUUUUCAAUCCUUUCUGUUACCGCAAAUCUUUUUUAGUUUUAAUGGUGAGCUCUCACACAGCAGCCAGUGACCCUGGGCUGAUAAUAACUAGUAUUUACUGAGUACUUGUUAUAUAAGAGAAUGUGGUCUCCAGACAGCACAAAAUCAAUUUAGGUUUAAAUUUAAACCGAACCUUUAAAAAAAUGAAGUAGAUUGGACUAGGAAUACAGGAAUGUAUGCGAGUAAAUCAUCAGUGACAGUUGUAUGGAUUAUUUUAUGCAUUCUUUCCUCAAUCACACCGUAAUCCGUGGAGAGAAUGUGCCAGAAGACGCACUUCCCCUCGGGCAGAGAGCGCGACAGGCAGCGUCUGCAGUGUGUGUCACCUGGUUCCUGGGUCUCAUGGUGUCUAAAGUGUCCCUUGACCUUGAGUCACAGCGUUAUUCUGUGUAUUCUAGGGACGGGGAAGCUGUUAAGACACAACAUCUUGUCAUUUAGAGUUUUAACUAUGUACACGUAAAAGCGUUCACCUAUUUAACAUGGAUGUAGCUCAUCAAGUCUUUCUCAUUGUGGAGAAAAAGAAAAAUAAUAAAGUCAAUUCGGGAAGAUUCCCUAAAGAACAUCUCAAGUAUUCGCUAAGGAGGGCUCCCCAGGUAAACACCCCUCCGGUGGGCGCGUUUUCCUGAAAGCAUUCUGUUCAGCGAGAGCAAUGAUACAAAUCGCAUUUUCAUGGUGUUUGCAUUUCACCAAAAGCCCCGCUCCAGACACCUGACCUCAUUUGACCCUCUGCAACCCCCAGAAGGCAAGGGUUGCUUCUGUCCCCAUUUUGCAGACAACUGCAGGGAAAGUUGAGUUUGCCUGGCCUAGCCGGCACCUGCAGGUGCGGGACUGGGGGGCGCGGCCGGAGUCCAGGUGCUGAUUGGCCUUUUUCUCCUUUUUGAAGGCCGUGUACACGGUCAUGGACUUCCUCCCCUUCCUCUUCAACCAGCCGCCCCUGGAGAGCACCUUCCUCUCCGCGCGCAAGUUCCGGUGGGAGGUCCGCCUCACUUCCCCCCGCUGCCCUCUGCUGCCCGCCCGGUACCCGUACUGGGCCACGGCCCUGGCUGUGGGAGUGCUGCAGCUGGUGGCCGGCUCCACCGUGCUCCUGGAGACCUACGCGCGCCGCCUGCGACACACCAUCGCCGCCUCCUUCUUCCCGGACCAGGAGGCACUGAGGACCCGCCACCUUCUGGCCCGGCUCCAGCGAAGAUACGACAGGGACCACCGAGGCCAGCAGCCGCCCUUGGGAGCCCCCCAGCUCCCGACCCCUGGGGCCUGCCAGCAGGCACCCCCAAGUGCUGGCAGCUCCCUUUGAAGAACAGAGAGCAGCGGGGCGGUGGAGAAAGCCCCGCGGUGUCCUGCUGAGUGGUCACCCAGCCCCUCCUGCUGCUUUCCUGUGUGGCCCUGGGCGAGCUGCUUCACCUCUCUGAGUCUGCGUCUUCAUAAGGAGGCUGGGUGGCAAUCGCUGUACCUACAAUUCACACAGAAAUUGGGGAGGGUGGAGAGAUGCUGGGCAAGGUGGGCCUUGCUGUAGGCGAAGGCAGGGAAGGGUGGAGCAGCUGGCUCGCCCGGGAGGCCACCAGGGCUCUCUCUGCCCCAGUGCCUUUACCUGGUGGAGCAGACUUGGCAUCAAGAAUAUGUCUGGGCAGCCGCUCCUCGGCCCACCUGUGCCUAUACAGGUGCUUCUUCCCACCCGCUCUCUCCCUCUGCAGGGCAGCAGCCACCUGCUUGCCCAGGACCUGCACCAUGCCGGGACUUCUCUGCUCUGGCCUCCCUCAGUGGAGGCCACACUCCUAAAACCACCCGCCUAGCCACCAUGCAGGCCUCUCCCGGCAAGCCUGUCCCUUUCG